AUGAGUUUGUCUAGUGAAGCAAAAAAACAUCUUCAUGAAUCAUUACAACAACAGUGGUUAAAUCAAAAGUCGGCUGAAUAUAAUGAAGCAAAAAGGUUCUUCAUAGGCUUAAUGGAUCUUAACUAUAAACCUGGCUAUAGAAAUCAUACGUAUUAUAAAUAUUUGCUUGCAUCUAAUGAUCAUGCCAGCUCAGCUAAUAAAAAUGAUACUGCGCUUUUAGAUGCAUAUCAACCCGAAGAGAUCCAUUUUCAAUAUAUAGUUCGA